AUGCCAUGUCUAGUAUCCAACUUGCCUGCUGAACUCGCGCACCUUUUGGAAGAACUCCGCGAAAAAGAUCUCAAAUAUUAUGAUAUAAGAAAACGGAUACAGCAAAGGGACAGCCAGUUGCACAAGUUCAUAAAACAGAAUGGAUCUUUGACGCCACAUCCUAAAGAGCAACAGAUAUAUGCCAAAAUCAACGAGGAUUUCGAAAAGGCUGAGAAAUUACAAGAGGAAAAAGUGGUUCUAGCCAACACAUCGUUGUUCUUGAUCACCAAACAUCUGACCAGACUUGAGAAUGAUAUCGAGAGGCUUGAGAAGGAUGGAUUGAUUGCUCCUGCUGAAGUUGUAGAACAAGAAGCGAGUCUUACAGCAGCUCUUUCGUCUUUGGAUAGUAUGGCUUCAGGGGGCUACAACUCUAGCGGGUACGAGAGAGGUGACUCACCAAGUGUGGGGCCACGGUCCUCAAGAAAGCAGGCUGGUAUUUCGAGUAGGGCGAGAUCUAACACCGCGUUGGUUUCAUCGCGAGGAAGUACCCCAGGAUCCACUCCAAGUGCAUAUGGUAUUCCGGGUUUGAGAAACAAGAGGAUGAAGGCAGAGGACAUCUCAGACGACGACUUCGGAAUAGAAAGCGAACCGGACAUAAUGGCAACCGUCAGAGUCAGUACCAAUGUUCUGCGGAGACCAGACCCCACGAAUUUCGGACCCAUGGGCCGGACGGCACACCCACCGGAAGGAGUCAACGGGAACGAAGAGGACGAGUUGUAUUGCUUUUGCCAGCAAAUCUCCUACGGAAACAUGGUUGCAUGUGAUAAUCCAGACUGCAAGUACGAGUGGUUCCACUAUGGUUGCGUUGGCUUGAAGGAGCCUCCUUCUGGUAUUUGGUACUGUUCUGACUGCAAGGGUCGCAUGGACCAUGCUGCCACGAAAAAAAAGGAAAGGAAAAGACGGUAA